AAAAAUAAUAAUUAAAUAACUUUUAAGGAAAUACAAUGCAAAAAAACAACAACAAACAAAUAAAAGAGAAUAACAAAUUUCUUGCUUUAUCCUCAUUCGCCUGUUGAGUGCAAAAUUAUUUUUAAAUUGUCAGCAAUAAGCUAAAAUGCUGCUGAGGAAUACACCAACUGAGACACAGCAACUCCAACAAAAACAACAGGAACCAACAGCACCUCCAGCAUUGCCACAAACACAUUUGAAGCAACAGAAGAAGUCGGUCCAUCAACAGCUCGUACAUAGUCAACAGGAAAUACAAAAUUAUAACAUCAAUAAUAAUAUUAACAACAGCAACAACAACAACAAUAACAAUAACUAUUACCUUAACGAUAAACCGAAUCUGAAUUAUUUGCCGGCGAACGCGCCCCAUCACCUUACAUCAACGACAACAAUAUUAGCAACUACAACAACACCACCAACGCCCACCACCGCUACCGCCGCCGCAGUGGCCGCAGCCGCUGCAGCUGCCACAUUGUUGUUAAAUCAAAGUGGAGUAUUUGCAACAACAACGAAAACAACUGCCACGGCAGCCAGAAGAGCGGCAGCAGCAGCAGCAGCCGUAGCAACAACAAAUAUCAUCAGUAACAGUAAUUCCUGUGCCGGCGCCACGGAUUUCUCAAUUGCUGCGAUAAUGGCGCGAGGCGCUGCAAAUGCCUCGAGCCGUGAACCAUCCGAAAGGAGUUUGAGUCCCGUUUCCGUGGAGCCCUACCCCGAGCCGGAUGAUGAUGUCGACGUCGAUGUUGAUGUUGAUGUUGUCGACUGCAGUGACUCCGAGUCACCGUCGGUGCGUCCACUGCGUCUUCACUAUCGUCAACAACUGCAACAACAACAACAUCAACAGCAACAACAACAACAUCUAUCAAUAGCGCAUCAGCAUAAAGUGCAAAGACACCAUCACCAGCAACACACACACACGCACAAUCAACAAGGCUCGAUUAGUGCUGGCGCUGGCUCAGGAGGUCAACAACAAUCGAGUCGUAGCAGUAGUCGCGGACGCACUUCCCCGCAGAGCCCCGCGAGCGUAAAUGCGAAUGAGGAGGAUCGCCUGUCGCCGGAGCCAGCGCAGGUAAAACGCAAAUCCGCGCCGAAAAUUGUUGGCUCCUGUAACUGUGAUGAAUUGCUGCCGGUGCAGUGUCACCUGGAGACAAAGGAGUUGUGGGAUAAAUUUCACGAAUUGGGCACAGAGAUGAUCAUAACGAAGACUGGGAGGCGCAUGUUUCCCACUGUACGCGUUAGUUUCUCCGGUCCACUGCGUCAAAUACAACCGCCCGAUCGUUAUGCUGUCGUGUUGGACGUGGUGCCAAUGGAUUCGCGACGCUAUCGAUACGCUUAUCACCGUUCAUCGUGGCUGGUAGCAGGUAAAGCGGAUCCACCGCCACCAGCGCGACUCUAUCCACAUCCGGAUUGUCCCAUCAGUGUGGAGGCGUUGAGAAAACAAGUGGUUUCGUUUGAAAAAGUGAAAUUGACAAAUAACGAAAUGGAUAAAAAUGGACAGAUCGUUCUGAACUCCAUGCACAGAUAUCAACCGCGCAUACAUCUAGUGCGACUCGCUCAUGGUCAAAAUAUACCCACGAAUCCGAAGGAUCUGCAGGAACUAGAUCAUAAAACAUAUGUUUUCCCCGAAACUGUGUUCACAGCUGUGACAGCGUAUCAAAAUCAAUUGAUUACGAAGUUGAAAAUCGAUUCGAAUCCAUUUGCAAAAGGUUUUCGGGACUCAUCACGCCUAACAGAUUUUGAUCGCGACCCCAUGGACUCUUUUCUGCUCGAACAACAUCUCCGUUCGCCGCUACGAUUCUUUCCCGACCCACUAAUGGCACAGCUCUCACCCCAGGAAGCCGACGCCGCCUCGCUGGCAUUCAUCGAGAAAGCGCGUCAGCAUCUUCAAUUGUUCGGCCGCACACCGUACACCGAAAUGUUAUUGCCCCAACUCUACCAACGCCCGCCCGUGCUGAACGCCUUCAAUCUCGGUAUGUGGCAACAACAGUGGCCGCAACUAACCGCCGGUUUCAUAGCGAGCGCCAAUCAACAGGCAGCAGCUGCACAGGCCGCCGCCGCCGCUGCUGCAGCCGCGAAUGCCUGCCGCACCCCGCCGCCACCGCCACCGCCGUCAAUAAUGGUCGGUGUGGCACCGCCGCCACCAGCGACCACGCCGUCGUCAUCGGGCUCAGCGUCGCCGGAUAUGCGCUUAAGACACUUUCAGCGCUACAGUCCGUAUCAGGUGCCGCAGCAACAGCUGCAGCAAACGCCGUUAACACGUACGCCACCGCCUUUAUGAGGCGAGGAGGGCAAGCAGCGGAGGGACAGGGUAUAAAAAUGUGCAAUGUGCAAUCUAAAAUAUUUAUUAUUAACUUUUGUACAAUGAAAUUGUUCAGCGCAGCGGAUAACUGUAUUAUGUGAAUUAUAGAAUAGUUAUGUUUGUAUGUACAUAUGUAUAUGUGCGUUUACAGUAUUAAAAUUAGUCGAAUGCUUAUCGCUGUAGUUCUGUAAAACAAAAAAAAA